ACGGCAGUGGCGCCUUUAUGCUUUUUUUUUUUUUUUGCCGUGGACUGAGAAUGGAUUUGGAAUUUGUUGGGUUGCGCAUCGCCCACAGCGGAACAGACAUACCCAGGUGAUCAUGGCACGGGCAAAAACUGGAGCGAUGGUGUGAAUCUACUGCGCGCGACGCGCAACAUGGAAAGCCUCCCCGGGAACCUCACCGGCGGGGCGCGCGACAACACCAGCAACCAAACCGACCCGUUCGGACGCAACGAGGACAUCGCCAAGAUCGAGAUCACGGUGCUGACCGUCACCUUCCUCGUGGCCGUGGUGGGCAACGUGAGCGUGCUUCUGGCCACGUCCCGCACGCCGCGUAAACGCUCGCGCGUGCACCUGUUCAUCAAGCACCUGAGCCUCGCGGACCUCGUGGUUGCCUUCUUCCAGGUGCUCCCGCAGCUCUGCUGGGAGAUCACCUUCCGGUUCUACGGGCCGGACAUCCUGUGCCGCGUGGUCAAGCACCUGCAGGUGCUGGGCAUGUUCGCGUCCACCUACAUGAUGGUGAUGAUGACGCUGGACCGCUACAUCGCCAUCUGCCACCCCAUGCAGACCCUGCAGCAGCCCACGCGCCGCGCCUACAUCAUGAUCGCCUCCACGUGGCUGUGCAGCCUCGCGCUCAGCCUCCCGCAGUACCUGAUCUUCUCGCUGAGCGAGGUGACCGCGGGCUCCGAGGUGUACGACUGCUGGGGACACUUUGUCCAACCGUGGGGCGUGCGCGCGUACAUCACCUGGAUCACCACCGGGAUCUUCCUCGUGCCCGUGACGGUGCUCGUGCUGUGCUACGGGUUUAUUUGCCGCGCGAUCUGGAGGAACGUGCAGUAUAAGACGCGGAAGGGACCGGUGGGUGCGGGGGUGUCGUCGAACGGCCACCGGACGAACGGACUGCUGGGGAAGAGCUCGGUGAGCAGCAUCAGCACCAUCUCGCGCGCCAAGCUGCGCACGGUGAAGAUGACGUUUGUGAUCGUGGUGGCGUACGUGGUGUGCUGGGCGCCGUUCUUCAUCGUGCAGAUGUGGUCCGUCUGGGAUGAGACCUUCUCGUAUGCCGACUCGGAGAACACGGCGGUGGCUCUCUCAGCGCUGCUGGCCAGCCUGAACAGCUGCUGCAACCCCUGGAUCUACAUGCUGUUCAGCGGCCACCUGCUGGGCGAGGCCGCCCGCUGCCUGCCCUGCCGGCGCCGGUCCCUCCGCCACCGCCGCGGCGUCGCCGGGCAACAGGACUCGGACAGCAGCGUCCGCCGCACCACGCUGCUGUCCUGGCUGCACGGGCCCCGCCUCUCCGAGCCCUACGCCUGCAGGGAGCAGGACCCCCAACCAGGGCCAACUCAACACAUUCCCAGUGAAUGCACGCACUUUGCCAUCUCCGGGGUUUGA